GGCUUAUGGGCUUAGUUUCUCAAGCCGUUUAUGAUGGAGGACGCCACGUGUUAGGAGUGAUCCCCAAAUCCCUCAUGCCCAGAGAGAUCACCGGAGAGACGAUCGGAGAAGUAAGAGCUGUAUCUGGAAUGCACCAACGGAAAGCUGAGAUGGCUCGUCAUGCUGAUGCAUUUAUUGCCUUACCUGGUGGCUACGGCACAUUGGAAGAACUCUUGGAAGUCAUCACUUGGGCUCAGUUGGGCAUCCACGAAAAACCGGUGGGUUUGCUAAACGUGGAUGGCUACUAUAACUCGCUCUUAUCAUUCAUUGACAAAGCAGUUGACGAAGGGUUCGUAUCCCCAGCUGCCCGUAGCAUAAUAGUUGCUGCCCAAACUGCCCAUGAGCUCAUUUCCAAGCUAGAGGAGUACGUGCCAAAGCAUUGUGACGUGGCAUCGAGGUUGAACUGGGAAAUGGAACAACAAUUAGGAUAUACUGUAAAGUCAGACAUUGCUCGUUAGCUUUAUUAGUAGCCACGUGUAUAGAUUAAUCACCGUAGAUCAAAUCUGAUCAAAGAGUUGCUUUGUAAUAUUUUAUAAUUUUUUUCCACUCGGAUUAAAAUAGGAAGCUAACUAAGUCAACAAGCAAUUAUGUAAGCGAUCAUAUAAUAUUAUUAUUUUUUUCCUA